CUGACCCGACACUAGAUUGAUAGUAGACGUUGUACCAUUACGACGAAUACUGCAAUAGAAAAGAUGAACUUGUCUUCUACCUGAAGGGAAUAUACAAUUAGAUCUGUUUUGGCUGUAGUAUCCCUUUAAAUUCAUAACGGUUGUCUUCAGUACUCGACACCGAUUUAUCAGACAAAGACGACUGUGGAAGAGACUUCGUUAUUUUUCCUCAAAGGUUGUUUUUUAAACCUUUCUGUUUUUUUGAACGACAUUGUUGGUUUUAUUUGUAUUUUUUGUAGUGAGGGGACUAAUAGACCGGACAGCAAAGUGGAUUUAACGGGUGCGUCGCCGCCUUCCACUUGAUCUCCAAGAUGCUAUUGGUGUCUCCGCGGUUAGUCGACACACCUCGCAUGGAGCCCAUACUGUCUGGAUCACUGAAGAGGAGGCUGACUGCGACUGAGGGGGCCCACCAGGGGGGCUUACGGCAGGGCCAAGGGCCCGGUAAUGGCCCUGGUCUGGGUCUGAACGGUACCUCCGACGGUUCUUCCAUGACCCAGGGGCCCGGGGGGCCCACCAAGCGACUCUGCCUGGAGGAUGUGACCCUCGCCAUGGGUACCAGCUUCCAGCAGAGCUCUUACUCUGGAGGACCCAGUCCUGGAGGUCAUGGAGGUCCUGGAAGUCAGGGGUCACUUGAAGGUAACAGGCUGGGGAAUGGGAACAACGGGCUAGGGUCACCCUACUCUAUGCCCCCUAAGGCGAGUCCUGGGUCUGGGGGGCCUGGAAGUGUUGGUGGAGGAGGACAAUUUCACCCCAAUGGAAGCUCCUCGUCGGCCCCAUCGGUUGAGCAGGAGCUCCAGGAUAUUCUGGAUGAGUUGACCAAGAACCCAGAUCCUUCUCUGCAGGAGUUGGAUCUGGACAAGAUACUGGGGAAUAAAGAGGAGCAGAAUCAAGGAUCAGGGCCGGGGUACAUCCACCCACAUUCGCCUAAACGCUCCCCCCAGAGAACCACAUCUCACCUGGAGAGCCACCUCACCCACUCCCCAGGCUUUCCACAGGCAGGGUCUCCCCAAGUAGGCCCGAGUCUGGCCGGAGCCCCGUACUCCAUCCCCCACCCCUCCAAACCCGUUCCCUCGCCUCUCUCGGCUUCACCACACCAUUCCUCUUCAUCCCAGAACCAAGCACGUUCUCCGAUGUUAUCCGCAGCCCUCUCCUCUCGACCCGGGUCUACUUGGCACGAGGUAUCGCGAGCUCAACAGCUCCAGCAAAUGGCGUCCAACUCCAACAAACACCUUUCCUCCAACACCCCUAUCCCCCAGAACCAGACCCAGAAUCAACCCCAGGCACAGGCUUCUAUGCCUCCUCUAUCCCAGCAAGGCUCACCCUGGGGCGGGCAGAAACUCCCCAACUCCUCCCCGCUCCACCAACAACCAUUCAGCCCGGCUGGAAGCAUUCAAAGCCCCCAGGGUUCAAUGUCAAUCUCCAUCCUGGCUCCAGCUCCGUCUGCAGGGCCUUCACCACCCUACCGCCCAGAUAAGCUAGGCAGUCCGGCUCUCGCCCAACCCCCCUUUAGUCCACAGAGUACCCUUCUACCUUUAGGAAACACCAGCACAUCCAGCACUUCAUCCAACAUCCAGGGGUCACAAGCCAACUACAUGCCCAGUGGAGGUGCACCAACAUCAGGCGCCACAAGACCAUCUCCCCCCUACCGAACUGACAAGCCUCACCAAAGCCCGGCACUCCAGUCCCAGCAUCAACCUCAACCCCAGAACCAACCCCUACCCCUACCCCAAACCCAACAACCACAUCCAUACAGCACCCAGAACGGGUCAGGACCCAACAACAACAUCUCAAGUCAGCUCUACAAAGCCAUGACGGCGGGUCAACCCAGCAGCCUCAAGCUACUCAUGCAACAACAACAACAUCAACAACAACAACAGCAACAUUCAAACACGCAACAGCUACAGACGAACGCCCAACUGGGCCAUCACCCGUCCAUGUCCAAACCAUGUGGUGGUGGAGUCCCGCACCAGGAACCCUCAUAUUCCUUCACCAACACCAAGCCCCUCCGCCAUUUUGACCUGGACCCCCAGCAGAAGAUGGGAGGAGGGGGUGGACCCCCAAUGGGCCCUGGACAGGGUGGACCCCCCAACCCCAUGGCUGGUUACCGUGGAAUGCAGCAUGGUGGUGCAGCCGGAACACCAGCGUCAGUAGCAGCGAACCAUGCCCAUCUAUUGCAACAGAGGAUGCAGCAGAGAGCAGCAAUGCAGCAGGCUGCAGCAGGAAUCAUGGGGCCACAACACUGUAGAGAGGAGCAGACCCCAGGCAUGGUCUCUCGUCUCCAGGACCCCUCAGUCCCCCGUCCAGCCCAGACCACCACCAACUACAACCUGCUGCUGAAGAGCCAGCUCAUGAGGAAACACCUUCAACAGGAGCAGAAGAGGCAGAUGGAGCAGAUGAACAGACCACAGAUGGCUGAGUGUCAGCAGGGGCCACCGUUUACAGGUGGUGGUCGGCCUCUCCCCCCAGAUUGUGGUGGUGGCGGCGGAGGCUACCCCAUGGGCGGUCCCCAGCUAUCCCACGGAGGUCCGCUCCCUUCUGGGCCCGGCCGCCUCUCCCUUCCCCCUGGCCAUCCAGGCCACCCCGGACCCCCAGGAUCUCUCACCCAAGUGGGCCGCCCAAUAGGAGGCUUCAUGGGUGGGCCUCCAGGUUCCAAGCAGUCCCUCUACCACCCUCCACAGGUGGGUGAGUUUGUUGGUGCCGGUGGUAUGCCAAUGAGACAACCACAGUUACCACACGGCAUGAUGGGAAUGGGCGGUCUGGCUGGUCCUCCAAGGCCAGGGAUGCAGCAGCAGGUGUCCAGGACAGGGAUGACAAUAGGGGGGUCGGGGCCCGGGUCGGGGUUACCACCUGGUCACCCCCAGCACCCACAGCAUCUACGCCAGGCUCUGCAUCAUGGUGGCGGAGGGGCGCCACUCCCACGAAUGAUGUUCACCGCCCAGCAAGCUCAUCAACAACAACAACAACAACAGACUGCAAUGUGGCCUCCGCAGCAACAGGGGGGGAUAGUGAACGCCCUGCAGCAGUGCAUGCCUUGCGGUGACUCCCACAUGGACCAGUCGGCCAAUCACCAGCAGCCGCGUGGGCAUGUUUUUCCUGGAGGGGGCGGGGCCUCAAACGGAAGUUGCAGUCAGAACCCUAACGCCCAGUUUACCCAGCAGGCAUUGCGGUCGGGGAUGCCCGGGGGCAGUGGCGGUGGGAACAAUUUCGCCCCCCACCAAGGACCUCCGUCGUUACCCUCCAACCAGGGGGUCGGGGUGCCUUCCUUACCUAGCAGACUGAUGCAGAAGCUGGGUGUCUCCGUGGCAGGGCAGCCCCUACCCUCCAUGGUCCACCAGGGGCUCCAGGCCGGUAUGCGACCCAGGGGACCCCUCUCUGCCCUGGCCGGGAUGAAGCCCGGUCCUCUUGGUAUGAUCCACCCAGGCCACGGCAUGGCCCCACCAAGCUACCCUGCCUCUGGGGCCGCCAUCGCAAAACACCCGCAUUCUCACCCACACCAACAUCAACACCCCCAUGGGCCUGGAUAUGGACCAGGACAGGGGAACCCCGGACACAAGCUACCCCCAUAUGAAUACAGUCAGCAGGGGCAGAGCAAUGGGGGGAUGGGGGGUAGGCCGGGAGGAGGUGGAGGAGGAGGGGAGGUAGACUUUAUUGACACUCUGGUGGGGUCCAAUGAAGACUGGCUGAACAACCUGACUAUGAUAGACGAGUACCUGGAGCAGAACUCAUAGGAGGGGGGUCAAA